AUGUUGAUUGAGAAGCAUGCGGCUGCGGUGUACACUAUUAAUGUUUUUUAUGAUGUGCAAGCCGAGGUUAUCGCGGGAUCUUUUUCGUGUCGUGCUGUGCGUUCAAAUGUUGAAGGGCUGGUAACCCGGUAUGAGGUUGAAGAUGAUGAUGGCCCGGUACGCACCGUGAGUUUUGACUCUGGUAAUGAUGGUGUUGAGUGUACGUGUAACAUGUUUUCACGGGUUGGGUUACUUUGUCGUCAUAUUUUCUGGGUUUUCAAGGAUCGUAGGGUUGUUUCUAUCCCUUCUCGGUAUGUGAUCGCACGUUGGACAAGGGGGGCUUGUGUGCGACAGGUGUUGGGUGUUCAACGUGGUGGCGAUUCGGAGGUAGAUGUCGCAAUUGGUGAAGCUUGGGCAGAAUUUUUUUCGUGCGUGACCAUGGCUUCACGGAGUGUUGAGCAUGUUACCAAGUUGAAUGCAACCCUAAAAGAUUUCAAUGCUUUUUUAUUGGCUGAGAAUGGUCCUACCGUUCGUGCUUCUUCUUCUAAGAAGCAACUUUUUGAGUCGUUUUGCGGUGCUUCGCCAGAUGGUCAGGUUAAUGUUUGUCCUCCUCCAAUCUCUAAUAACAAGGGUGGUGGCAAACGUUACAAAAGUACAAGGGAAUUAGCUAUUGAAAAGUCGGGGCGUCGACAACGUCAAUGUCAAACUUGUGAAAAGUAUGGGCAUAAUAGUCGUACCUGCCCGAUGCGCAACGUUGACGUUUGA